AUGCCUGGACCACCUCCUCCACCACCUCCGCCGCCCAUGCCGGGAGCAGCAGGAGGUCCACCUCCGCCUCCACCGAUGCCACCGCCAGGCAACCUACCCUCGAGACCGGCUGCGAAGGAAGUGAAAGGAAGAGGAGCACUUUUGGGCGACAUCGAGAAGGGCGCGCGACUUAAGAAAGUAACGCAUAUCAACGACAGAUCGGCGCCCAUAGUCGAGAAGCCUAAAGACUCGGGAGGUGCGCCAACAGGAGGAGCACCGCCUAUUCCAGGAGGCUUGAGACCGCCCGCACCACCUGGCACAAAUAGAGCUCGAAGCAACAGCGAUCAGCCAAGCAACGCAGCAGCAGGAGGAGGAAUGGAUGCAGCACCGCAACUGGGAGGGUUGUUCGCAGGAGGGAUGCCGAAACUGAAGAAGGCAAGUGGAGGCAUAAACAUGUACGAUUCAGAUCCGGAGACAAACACGAAGAAGAGCCCUCCGCGAGCAGCAGCCCCGCCGAUACCCAAUGGCACAGCACCCGCGCGACCUGGCGGAGCACCGCCGCCAUUACCUCCCAGUGCGGCGCCGGCAAUACCCUCGGUGGCUGCGUUGAGAAACAACUUAAGGCCUUCAAGUACGCAUUCGUUACCCGAGGCCGCGAUACACAAGCCCAAGCCACCACCACCCAUAGGAAAGAAACCACCCAUCCCACCACCAGCGUCGCGAAAACCAUCUGGUUUGAGUUCAGCUUCAACCACCAACCUCAACCCGCCUUCAGCGCCUCCACCACGACCUUCCUCAAGUCCUUCGCCUUCAGGACUUCCACCACCACCACCCUUACCUCAAAGUGCACCUAAACCACCUCCAGCUCCGAUAUCGAGAACAGCUCCCACGCCUCCUGCGGCCGUAGCACCUCCUCCACCUCCAACACCACAAUCACGUAUCACGAAAGUACAGGAUGACGAUGAGUACGAUCCAUACCGAUAUGACAGCAGCUCAUCGCGAGGAGCGCCCGCGGCUCCUCCUCUGCCACCUUCGCAAACAAAUGGGCACAAGGAACCAUCUCUAGCGCAACAGGCAGCGCUCAAUGCAUUCGGCAUGAACAGAGCCAACUCACCAGCAUCACAUCCCCCGCCUCCUCCACCUGGAUCUGCUCCAUCGAGGCCGAACACUUCUUCAGGCCCGCCCGCUCCACCUCCACCACCUCCCAUGAGCAGGAACAACACCCAACCGCCUGCCCCACCACCACCGCCCACACCCAAGGCGAGCACACCUGGUGGGAUACCUUCAGCGGGCGGCAAGAGUCUUGGUCAAGUCAGCCAGUCCACAACAGAUCUACCAACUCGAAUGCCCACCAUGGACGCUUCAGCUUACACGCUCACGAACGGACGAUCGAGAGCAGAUUCGGCGCCGAAGGGCCAGUCGGGUGGUGGAGGCAGAUACAUUGUGCAGGAUUUGAGGUGGAAGUUCCAGAGUGAUGAUACACUACCGAAGCCACGAGACUUCACUGGUGGGCCCAAGAGGUACCGCGCUGGGAGAGGGAGCAGUGUGCCACUCGACUUGAGCUCGUUUGAAUAG